AUGCAUUAUCUGACAAAAUUCUGCCUUCUGGCCGCUUUGGCUCUUGUCAGAACUGAUUUCCCACUGGACACAGACGAACCAGUCAAUCGAAGUAAUGUUGAUGAAACUAUUUAUCGAGUGCCCGAAGAUUUAGAUCCCAUACAUUUUGACGUGGAGAUUACUCCUUAUUUUGAAGCAACACAGACUAAUGAAGCAUUUACCUUUGAUGGUAUUGCCACGAUUCGGCUUACGGCUGUAAAAGACAAUCUGAAUGCACUCAUCAUUCAAGAGAACGUUCGACACAUCGUCGCAGUCAGUCUGACCAAUACUGAUGGAGUUCCGAUUCGCUUGAAUACGAGGAACCCGUUUGAACGCAUCAGAGCUUACCACUUUUUGAAGAUUAAUCUUGCUGAAGGCGUUACUUUAGUCAACGGUCAAAUUUACAUAUUGACUAUCGAAUAUAUUGGUAACAUCAACGAAACCCCACUUUCUCGAGGAGUAUUCAGAGGGAAUUACAUCGGCGAUGAUGGGAAAUUGCAUUGGUACGCGGCAACACACUUACAGCCAACAAACGCCCGACAAGCAUUCCCGAGCUUCGACGAGCCCGGCUUUAAGUCUACUUUCAAUAUCAUCGUCAACAGACCUGCUCAUUUCACCGAGACUUAUUCCAAUAUGCCAAUCAGGCAGACCAUACCAAUGGGCGAUCGCGUUAAAGAAAUCUUUCACACUACUCCCAGAAUGUCAGCCUAUCUAGUUACAUUCCAUAUAAGUGAAGAAUUCACCGUUAUUGCUGACAAUAAUGAUCCUGUGAGGUCGUAUAGAAUUCUUGCAAGACCGAACGCCAAAGGUCAAGGUGAAUAUGCCUUGGAAGUCGGGCCCCCGCUAACCAAGUGGUUAGAAGAAUAUUUGAAUAUCGAUUAUUAUAGUAUGCAAUCUUUUAUGAAAAACGAUCAGAUUGCUUCGCCGUUUUGGGCUUCUGGAGCUACUGAGAAUUGGGGCUUGGUUACUUACAGAGAAGUUCGUCUCCUUUACGAACAAGGCGAAACAAAUGCACUAGACAAAAUGUACAUUGGAACUAUCACCGCUCAUGAACUCGCCCACAAGUGGUUCGGAAACUUGAUCACGGCCAGGUGGUGGGAUAACGUAUGGAUCAACGAAGGUUUUGCCAGCUACUUUGAAUACUUCGCUAUGGAUGGUGUUGAUCCCGAAUUAGAACUAGCUGAUCAAUUCAACUUGAUGUACAUGCAAAGCGCAUUAUCCACCGACGCUUCUGCAUCCACCAGAGCUUUACGUCAUACUGUGAACAGUCCAGCUCAAGUCACUGGUCAUUUUUCUGGAAUCAGUUAUUCUAAAGGAGCUUCCUUCCUGUUAAUGAUGAAGCACUUGGUUACAGAAGAUACAUUUAAGAAGGCUUUGAAUUAUUUCCUCAUAGAUAGGUCAUUUGAGUACGCUUCGCCGGAAAAUUUAUACUCUGCUUUUGUAAGAGCAGUACGCGAAGAUAGUACAUUGGAAACUACUUUCGACGUUGAAGCAUUCAUGAAGUACUGGGUUGACGAGCCUGGAUUUCCUCUUCUGGAUGUUGCAGUCAAUACAGAAACCGGAGUUAUCAGCCUUAAGCAGGAGCGCUUCUUCAUAAGUACCAGUGCAACACAAACUAAUCAAAUCUGGCCUAUACCAUUGACCUACACAACUGGUAGCAACCCUAACUGGAACUCCCUGCGACCUUUGCACAUAAUGACCGCUCAGAAUGAUGAAAUACGUAUAGCACCUGGAAACCAAUGGGUCAUCUUUAAUGUACAACAAAAAGGCAUCUACAGAGUGAACUAUAAUCAAGAAAACUGGGAACGUCUCGCUAAUGCUUUAAGCGAAGAUCAUACCAAUAUACAUCAUUUGAACAGAGCACAGAUCGUCGAUGAUGUAUUCGCGCUGAUGAGAUCAGAGAAGCUAAGUUUCGAUCUUGGUUUUCGUGUUUUGGACUUCCUCAAGAAAGACACCAGUUACUAUGUUUGGUAUCCGGCCGUCACUGGCUUCGGUUGGCUAAGGAACAGAUUUCUGCAUAUGCCUGAUGUUUUGGCCGAAUUUAAUACAAUCCUCUACACCUUCCUGGAAGCAGUCAUUGCAGAUCUAGGUUAUGAUGUAGUGGACGGCGAACCCCUCACAAGGACCUUGAAUAGAUUUUUCGUUUUGUCAUUUGCGUGCAAUAUUGGGCAUGAUGGUUGCAUUUCCAAUGCUAUACAGAAGUUCAAUGCUUUGAGGACUAGUGGUACCAGCGUCAACCCUAACCUGAGACGACACGUUUUCUGCUCUGGUCUCCUUGAAGGUGGUUACAAUGAGUGGCGAUUCCUAUAUGAGCGUAGAAAGAACUCGAAUAACCAAGGUGACGAGGUCGCUAUGCUCAGAUCUCUUGGGUGCACCACGAACCCCCAGGCUCGACAGGAAUACUUAAGCAUGAUUUUGAGUGACGAUGUCAAAGCUCAAGAUAGAGUGAAUGCUCUCACAUUCUUCUAUAUGGGAGACCGUUCCAACGCUAAUGUAGCCCUGCAGUACUUGAAGGAGAACUUCGAGGAAAUCAGACAAGGAGUCGUUCUCCCCGCUUGGUUCGAUAACGUUAUUUCUAAUUUGGCUUCCUAUUUGAACGAAGAAGGACUCGAAGAUAUGGAAUCUUGGCUUCGGGCCAACCAAAACAUGAUACCCAACUUCAACGUUGGACUAAACGCUAUAAACUCGGCAAGAACAAGCAUGCAAUGGGGAACUGACAGAGCACAGGAGAUCCUGAAAGCAGCCAGAGGCUCUGCUGUUACCGUAUUGCCGACAUUCAUGCUGUUGGUCCCAACAUUAGCCAUGCUCGUUUUGAAGUAG